UUGUUCUACGAAAUAGGUAAUUGUGGCGGUAGCCCCUUUUACAUUUUCAUUCUUUCUUCUUUUCAGUGUCGGGCCUACAUACACGAAUUUAUUGAUAUUCUUAUCAAGCUUAUUGUGAGACGAUUUCCUCCGAAAGACAUAUGCCAGAAACUUGGCUUCUGCUCCUCGACCAUCAUGCCCGAUCUGAAUGAAACGCGAUGUUCCGAGGGCCCCAGCUACUGGUGCUCAAGUCUGACCACAUCCCGCCUCUGCAACAGCACCUUCUACUGUGCCAGUGUCGUCUGGCUUCCAACGCAUGCCAGUCUUCUGCCCAACAUUUUACUUCCCGCCGGAACUCCGCAGGAUCAAGAGGAGGCACCUGAUUCGCACGUCGCCAAGCCCCCUCUGAGUAGCAAGACGCAAGAGGAGUGUUCAAGCCGUCGCCUCGAGGACGUCUGCGAAAGCAUCGAGAGUGCACUGGCCUGCAACUAUGUCGCCCAAUGUUACGCCUUCUUUAUGAAAGGCAGCGCCGACAAACUGAGUGCGUUAGAAUUGAAGUCUCUUCUCCGACACACACGUACACACGCAGUUAUCACAGGUUUUCGUAAUGGAAACAUAGCUCUGGAGCUUGACUUAUAA